AUGAGCAGUAAGCCAAGAAAACUGUCAUCCAGAGCUCAUCAUGUUGAGCAAUCAAGCGGAGCAGCGGAGGAAUUUCGAUUGUUUACGUUGAACAGCGCAGCUGUGUCGCUAGUUUCUAGACCACCUGGGAGGAAAAUGGUCAAUCCUCUGGAGUCGACCUCAGUUAUCCUGACUACUUACUCAGGAGCCCGAUUGAAGGUUUUGGGCAAGUCGAAAUUGGCUACAGGUCAUACGCCUAGAUUGGAGUCAAUUGAAGUUGAACCGGGUCGAGACUGCCACACCUACUUUAUAGAAGCUACUGGAAGUACACGCGUCCGCAUUUAUGGGGAUUACAAGGUUAUAGUUAAUCCUGAGCUGUCUGUUGACCAGUAUCCUUUGCCAAAGCCUGAUGACAUCUUCGCUACCUUGGCAGGAGCAGAAAAGUUUUCGAAAGUUGAAUUGGCCAAUGCCUAUCAACAGGUCAUGCUGGAUGAAGAGUCUAGAGAGUUGGUGACUAUCAACACGCACAGGGGUUUCUACCAGUUUACCAGAUUACCUUUUGGUAUUGCCAGUGCACCAGCAGUGUUCCAGAGUUUGAUGGACCAGAUAUUAGAGGUAACAGAAGUAACUGGUUGCUACCUGGAUGACGUAAUUGUCACGGGGAAGAAUGAUGAAGAUCAUCUCAAGAAUUUGUCGGUCGUUAUAAGUCGACUUCAGAAGUAUGGUUUGAGGCUAAAAAGGAGCAAAUGUGCAUUCUUACAACCGGAGGUUUUCCAGCAAGUGAAAGAGCAGCUAGCAUCAGCAAAGGAAUUGGUGCAUUACAAUUCUGAGCUUCCACUCAGUCUAGCAUGCGAUGCUUCAUCCUAUGGAAUCGGAGCUGUCAUUUCACAUACUUUCCCUGAUGGUGCAGAGAGACCUAUUGCAUUUGCCUCGAGGUCAUUAUCGCCAACCGAACGGAAUUAUUCUCAAUUGGACAAGGAGGCAUUGUCACUAGUGUUUGGCGUAAAACGUUUUCACCAAUACCUAUAUGGCAGGAAAUUUGUUCUGAUCAAUGAUUACAACCCGCUGACAACUAUUCUGGGUCAGAAACAGAAGGUACCAUCGAUAGCAGCGGCACGGCUACAGAGGUGGGCCUUACUGUUAUCCGCAUACGAAUACGACUUAAAGUACAGAAGAUCCGCACAACAUGGGAAUGCUGAUUGGCUAUCGAGGUUACCUCUAGAUCACUGUGUGCCAGAUGAGGUGAGCUCAGCAGAAGCUAGGAAGGUGAAUCUCACUCAGCUUACAGCUCUUCCUCUUACUAGCAAGGAAUUAGCAAGAGAAACCAUGAAGGACCUAUUGUUAUGCAAGGUUUUUAGGUAUACGAUGCAAGGCUGGCCUCCCACAGUAGGAUCCGACUUACUACCAUUUUUCCGGAAACGAGUCAAGAUUUCGAUAGAAGAUGGUUGUCUUUUAUGGGUAAUAAGGGCAAUAAUUCCUUCUAGCUUGCAAGACCAGCUCUUAGAUGAACUCCAUGUAUCCCAUAUCGGAAUGGUCAAAAGGAAAGCAUUAGCUCGACAAUACAUGUGGUGGUCGAAGAUUGAUACUGCUAUAGAGCAACAAGCAAGGACAUGUAAGGCGUUUCAAGCAACUGGAAAGUUACUUCCACGGGUAACCCCACGUCCAUGGAACUGGCCAAGCAAACCAUUCCAACGCAUUCACGUGGAUUUUGCGGGACCAUUCUUGGCUCACAUCUUUUUAUUGAUCAUUGAUGCGUAUUCAAAAUGGCUGGAGGUUUAUAGAAUGUUUAGCUCAACUACUGGAAGGACAAUUGACGUGUUUUGA